CCCUCCCUUUUCGUGACACAGCCGGGGAUGUCCUACUGAACUGUCGAAUCAGCUCUGUGCUGACUUCUCUUUUCCGGUCAAGAGGAAUUCAUGCACUUCACGAUUCAUAGGGAAGAAAAGAAACAGUGCAGACUACUUGCAGGAUUGUGAAGACGUCAAACUGUUCAAAGUACUGCGCCUGGAAGUCAAUGUUAUGCACAAAACUGGGUCAGCCUGUCAAGACUAAGCUGUAGCCGGGAACACACUCAUGGUGAAGUGAAAGAAUGCUUUUCUCAAGCCGUCCAUUUAUCAGGAAUCCCCAAUAAUAUGUGAUUGCACCCAACGAACAAACUGAAGGUAUGUUACUGUUUAUUUGAGAAGACCUCCAUUGUCGAGGCUAAGAUGAUGAAGACGGAGGCCUCGGCAGAGAGGAAUACCCUGAGGAGCGCUUCCCCGCACCGGAACGCCUACAGGACGGAGUUCCAGGCUCUAAAGAAGGCAUUUGACCAACCAAGACAGGAUGGAGGCCCCAAACUCAAGGACCCAGAGGGGAUCAGGCAGCCUCGAGGGCGGCAAUACGGGGCCCACGUCAGUCGCAUCAAGAACAUGUUCAUGCAAAUGGGGACUGAGAACAUUGGGUCCAACAGACGAGCAAGGGAUGAGACCUCCCCACAGAAACUCAGCAAGCCAACAAACUUCAUCAACAAGGCGGAUGGAUCGGUGGUCCAGUUCCAGCACGGCAAUGGAGAGCGGACUGCUGGUGGCCAUCAUAAAUCAAAGUUCUCCGAAACAAGGAAGCUUUUUGAGCAGAGCUCCAGAGAUGCUUCACAGUCGCCGGUGUACUCUUAUGGCCGAGACAAGAGGGGUUCUCACGAGCAUUUGGAUGACUGGAGGGGAGCGCGUUCAAACAGAGGCAGUACGGACUCUUUGGAUAGUCUUUGCUCCAGGACAGAGGCCUCAUCUCCCACUGUGAGUCAGCUCAGCGCUGUCUUCGAAAAUAUAGAUCAGCAGGGCUCCGGUGCUACUUUCAGAAGAGGCCAGGGAGGCGGAAGGGGGCUGUACUCUCCAGAUGGCUUACAGAGACAUGGGGAGGCCAGCGAGGACGACACCAGUGCGCGACAGUCUCCGUCAAGUGGUUUUUACAGGACGCGAGUGGGUAACAAGCACAACAUGCCAGUUUCUUCAUCUUCAGAAGAUCUUCUCAGUCCUAGUCCUCUGUCUGAGGCCGUGGACCAAGUGAAACACGACGAGAAGAAGGCCCAGGAGACCCCCGAUGUGGUUGAUGGAUCCAUUGAACUGAAACCAAAAGAUGAGGUAAACUCAACCAAGGUCGUGGACAAUUCUUCAGCUGCGGCUCAAGUCAAUGAUGCUGCGGGGAAUUCACAUGAGUCUACAGCUACCACGGUCCACAAGGACACAGACGGUCAUGUGAAAGAGGAGUCUAGCUGGAUUACAGAGGAUCAAAUUGAAGAACACAAUGAGGAAUAUUGCGGCAACGAGAGAGUUAUUUUCACUGCCGAUGGAGAUGCUUGCUACCAGGGCUGGGGGGAGAGCUGCACAGACUUAGAGGAUGACCUGUACGAUGAUGACAUUUCCUAUGACCCAGGAUCAGAGAUUACGGAGAUUCCCGGUCUUCCAGCGGAGGUCAAGGAGGAUAUUCCACAAAAACGGAAAAUUCAAUUCAGCUCUGCACCCAUAAAAGUGUUCAAAACCUACUGCAAUGAAGAUUAUGACCGGCGUAAUGAAGAGGUAGACCCGGUGGCGUCCUCAGCUGAGUAUGAGCUGGAGAAACGGGUUGAGAAGCUGGAACUUCUCCCUGUGGAACUGGAAAAAGAUGAGGAUGGCCUGGGCAUCAGUAUUAUAGGAAUGGGGGUUGGUGCUGACGCAGGACUGGAGAAGCUGGGCAUCUUCGUCAAGACGGUCAUAGAGGGUGGAGCAGCCGAGAGAGAUGGAAGAAUUAUGGUGAACGAUCAGAUCGUGGAGGUUGACGGCACCAGUCUGGUGGGAGUAACUCAGAGCUUCGCUGCUUCUGUCCUGAGAAACACGCAGGGAGUAGUCAGGUUUGUGAUUGGCCGAGAGCGUCCGGGACAGCAGAGCGAGGUGGCUCAGCUCAUCAGUCAGACUCUGGAGCAGGAGAGACGUCAGAGAGAGAUGAUGGAGCAACAGUACGCCCAGUACGACGCUGAUGACGACGAGACAGGGGAGUACGCCACGGAUGAGGAGGAGGAGGAGGAGGAGGAGGCGGAGGCGGAGGCGGGACAGACGGGAAAGGACAGAGAUGUGGCCAUUGAGGUUUUCGAUUUACCCGAAAAUGAGGACAUCAUCUCGCCAUCAGAACUGGAUGCCCCCAAACUUUAUCAGAAGUUUCGAGAGCUGCAGAUUAAACACACUGUCACUGAAGCUGAGAUCCAGAAACUCAAGAACAAGCUGGCCGCAGUGGAAAAAGAGAAGGCACGGUGGGAGAGAGAGAAGACUCAGCUCAAGCAAAGCAUCGAGGAUAACAAGGAGAGGAUGCUAAAACUGGAGAGCUAUUGGAUCGAGGCUCAGACGCUGUGCCACACGGUGAACGAGCAUCUGAAGGAGGCCCAGAGUCAGUAUCAGACCCUGGAGAAGAAGUACAACAAGGCCAAGAAGCUCAUUAAGGACUUCCAGCAGAGAGAGAUGGAGUUUGCACAGAGGGAGGAUGCAGAGAAGAAGAGGCUGGAGGAGGCGGAAAAGGCUCAUUUGGCUGAAAUCCAGAGUCUUCAAGUGAGGAUUGUUACCCUGGAGUCAGAGCUGAUGCAGCUGAUGAAGCAAAAUGGCAUCCAGGUAAACAAUAACAACAACAGUGCUGAGAGUCGAGCUCAGCUGACUGAGAGACUGACAGCCUUACAGUGUCCAAGGACAAGUGUCACUGGAGCGGAACUGGACGAGCUGACAGGAGCCAGUGGAACUCACACUGAGAGAGACGAGAGGGGCUCUGGGUCUCAAUCCUCCAGAGUGUCUGGUGCCACAGAGGCUGAUAAUGAGGGCUCUUCACCCAGUCAAGAUGAGAAACCUGGCAAAAAAAUACUAGACUUGGGAUCUUCUCUGAGGAAACGCAACGGGAAAGAGCAGAAUCUAAAAGGAUCUCCUGGUAAAAGCUCCAUAGGGCCUUCAGCAGAGAACAGUCCUGAAAGAUGCAAGAGCAAGAAAUCUCUUUCCUGGCCACGCUUCUUCUCCUAUUCAUAUUACGUGGGUCCCGGUGUCUCUGAUGACCUCAGCCUCAGCAGCACGAGCUCCACAGAGAUCAGUGGUGUCCUGACCGAUGUUAAGGUGUCUGGCCGAUCGCAAACACUCACGCUCUCCUCAGAUGAGAGUGUGGAUAUGAUUGAAGAUGAGAUUCUAGAUGACGGUCCGCCUCCGAAGCCGUAUCAGUGGCAGAACCGUAGUGUGACUGAAUGGACAUGUCAACAGGUGUCAUGUUGGCUCAUGGGUCUGAACCUGGAACAAUAUGUCUCUCUUUUUACUGCCAAGAAUGUGGAUGGAGAGCAGUUACUGAAGCUGGACAGCACAGCACUCAAGGCUCUGGGCGUAGAAUCCUCUCAGGAUCGGGCUCUGAUUAAGAAAAAGCUGAAGGAUCUGAAGUUGUUGAUGGAAAAAGCUCACAGAAACAGAGAGAAAAUGGAGAAACAGCGCAAGAAGGAACUGGAGCAGGUUCAGAAACAAGUCCAGAAAAAUAGCAACUCCUCCAGACCAGGAGAGGGCGCUACUGAGUGACAGUACUUUUUAACCCUCGCUACUAUCUCACCAUUAUAAGUACAGAUGAGUUCAGCAAUUCAAGAGACUCGAAGUUCAGUGCAAAAGGGGCUUAUUGCUAAUGAGCUGCCAUUGGAUGAAUUGAAACCAAAAUGUCCAGAUAUGGAUUUUAUUUUUACUGAACAAUAUUCAGGUUUUUUUUUUUUCUUGUUUUAGCAGAAUGAUCACUGCUUUUUGGUUUCCUGUGUUUUAUGUCUGAUUAAUAUCUAUUUAUUUGCAUAUGGAGAAUAUGUAUAUGUUAACCAGAGCAUAUCAGCUCAUAACUCAUCCAUACAAGCACCUUUAGACAAUGUACACAUGCAGAAAACCUAAAUAUGAAUAUGUCUAACGUGCCAUUUUUUUUCUAUCAAAACAAGGAUAGUUUGUUCAAGGACGUAUUUUUAAUACGACAAAGCACAGGUCAUAGUGAUGGACAGUGUUGCUGUCGAGUGUCUCUUCACCUCAGACUAGAGUUUGAGUGCUGCUCAACAGAACCACUACAGUCUGACGCAAACCUUACUGUGACGAGAAGAAAGCCAUUCCGGGAAAUGGGAUAUCACGGACCCUCAUUGUGGAUAUUUCACUGUAUACUUUGAACCUACUGUUCGGAUCUCCUUCCACGACCUGCCAGUAUUCAAGUCGAAUACAACUGACGUGUACGUUCUUCUCCGAGCUUGACACCUCAAUGAUCUUUGGAAGUCACGUGCUGGCAAUGCGAUACUAAAGGAGUCCUCCAAAGAUGCGAGACUUGUACUCUAAAAGAAAAAAAAGCAAGAAAAAGCCCCUCUGCUGCUUCUGUUCCACAGCUACCUGCUUCAGUCCUCUCCAUCUCUGUGAGGUAGAUCUCAGUUAGACCCAAGUGCUGCCUUUUGAAGUGCUUUAUGGUUUUUGGUUCGAGGUUACAGUCUGGAUCACGAUUGUGUGAACGCACGUCUAUUUUACCGGCAUCCAGUAGAGCAGAUGACAAAUGUGCACUUAAAACAGACCUGUAUCUAUAUACACCACCAGGGCUUGACAUUAACCCCCGCCAACCUGCCAAAUGCGGGUGUAUUUCAGCAGUGGCGUGUAACACAGUCACUUUGCCGGGUUGAACUUUUUAUAUAAUAUGUACAUUUUUCAAUUGUAGUCUUUUAAAAAGGCUUCUGAAAUAAACUAAGUGCAAUAUAUGUUGUCAAAAAUAUAGAUUUUUCGAUGCGUAUCGAUACUGAAAUAUCUGAAAUGCUUCCAGUGCUAAUUUCCCGCAGAAUAGAUACACGAAUCCAGCU